CGUUAUUUCAAUUUCAAUGACGGAAUCGGUUCGAUUUUUGUUACUAAACUGGACUCGUAGUGGCUUUCAAAACCGAAAUGUCUCAUCGUAAUAAUAUAGACCGAUUCGGUAAAGCGUCACUUUGUGAAAACAACCCCUCGUUCGUUCAUAAACUCACUGUGCGUGUUUACGGAUUCACUGUUUAUUCAAGAAUUUACUUCUUGAAUAAGCCAGAUUGGAAACUGCAAAGUGCGCGGUGGAAUUGUUGUUUAGAAGCAAAAACUGGGCGGCUACAUGUACAGAUUGAUACAAAAAUGCACGGCUGAGUAAGAGUUGCUGGCUUCAUCGGUCCAAUCAAACAGUCAUUGGCUUCAACUCAAGGAAUUCUCAGUUCGCGGUUGCUCCUUUAAGUCUCCAAUUAUGAAGUGGUGUGGCUGAGAGAAAAGAAUUUGUCCAGUUGGCGCGGCUAAGAUACCAAGUGCACAGCAAACUUCAAUCUGGUGCUGAAGAGUGUAGGCAUUGGUUGUUCGAACCUGAACCCACUGAGAAGCUGCCACAGAGGCCCAGCAAUUUUAUCCACCAGAAUACUUGCAAUGGGAGUUUGUUGGUUACAUCUGGGUAAAGUUGCAUUUUCAACCAAUAAUCCCCAUAGGUUGUUUUUUUGGGGUGAAUUGAGCAAUGCUCAUAAUCAGGAAUAAAUGGCAUAGACCCCCUAUCCUUCAGGCAACAAUCCUGGGGGCAUGUAAGGGAAUUUAGAGUACUGGAUGGUAGGAGAGGUAGGAAUGAGAACAGAUGUGAUGUAAAAUAAUGUGGUAUUUCUGCAUUUUGUCAUUUUUAGGGGACUGUCUCCCUUAAUCUCCUGCACAAGGGCUUGCAACCUGGAAUAUAUACCACAUAAGAUCAGCUAAAGCAGAGGCCCAACAAGGCAGUCACCAUGGGAGACGCAGUGAAGCGAUGGGUGAGCAUGCGCCUGCAUGAUGUGCUGGGCAUGAGUGACCCAGCCCUGGCCGAGUAUCUCAUCCGCCUGACGGAACGGAUGCCCAGCAUGACGCACGUGCUGGCCGAGCUGGAAGAUGAGAUCACAAUUGAUAGGGCUGUAGAGAAGUUCAUUGGCGAGCUUUGGGACAGGGUAAGAGGCGGCAGCGCCCAGUCAAGCGGCGGCGGCGGCGGCGCCGGAGGCAGCAAGCGCCAGGCAGCAGCAACAGCAGCCGCGGCCGCAGACAGCUCGGACUCUGAGGGCGAGGGCCCCAAGCUGAUCAAGAAAAGGCGCGGCGGGAGCUCCUCCAGCGACGACGGCAACGACGAGGAGCGGCAGCGCAGGCGCGACCUGCGGGAGAGGGACGAGUACGCCGAGCGGCUGCGCAAGCGCGACGAAGAGCGCACGCGCAACGUAGCCAACAAGGGCGAAGAGAAGGCCUUCGAGGAGGCCGCCAAGCGCCUCCUUCUGGAGAAGGAAGGCAGGGAGAAGAUCCUGCCGCACCUGAGGGUCGAGUCGCGCCGCAAGUAUCUAGUCAAACGAAAGGAUGACAAGCUCAGGGAGCUGGAAGCCGACAUCCAGGAUGACGAGUACUUGUUCGACGAUCAGGUGCUCACGGAGAGGGAGAGGAAGGAGCGGGAGUACAAGAAGACCGUGCUCAAGCUGGCCAAGGACUACGACCGGGUCAAGGACGCCGAAAAGGUGCAGAGGUACGUGAUGCCCGAGGAGGGCGGCACCGUGGACGACAAGUACGUGGAGAUCGACGACAAGGAGAAGAAGCCGGGCUACGAGCAGAAGAAGUGGGAAGAGGACCAGAUGCGGGGCACGGCCCUCUCCUUCGGCGCCCGGGACAAGGCCGAGAAGUACCAUUCCCACGAGUACAACCUCGUCCUGGAAGAUGAGAUCGAGUUCAUAAAGUCACUUCCUCUCGAAGGCACGCGCGAGAAGAAGAAGAAGAAGAAGAAAAAGAAGAGGAGGGAGGAGGAGUCCGAGAGCAGCUCCUCAUCAGAAGAGGAGGAGGAGGAGGAGGAAGCGCCGAAGAUGUCCGAGCACGAGAAGAAGAAGAUGACGAUAGCGGAGGUGAGGCGGAGUCUUCCCGUGUACCCGUUCAAAGAGGCGCUGCUGGACGCCAUCGCAGAGCACCAGGUCCUCAUCAUCGAGGGCGAGACGGGCUCCGGGAAGUCCACGCAGCUGCCGCAGUACUUGUACCACGCAGGGUACUGCAGCGACGGCAAGAAAAUCGGGUGCACGCAGCCCAGGCGGGUGGCCGCCAUGAGUGUGGCGGCGCGCGUCUCGGAGGAGAUGGGCAAGAAGCUCGGCAACGAAGUGGGCUACAGCAUCCGCUUCGAGGACUGCACGAGCGACCGGACCAGGAUCAAGUACAUGACGGACGGCAUGCUGCUGCGGGAGUUCCUGAUGGACCCCAGCCUCGAGGGCUACAGCGUCAUGAUCAUCGACGAGGCGCACGAGCGGACGCUGCACACCGACAUCCUCUUCGGUCUCCUCAAGGACAUAACUCGCUUCCGCUCCGACCUCAAGCUGCUCAUCUCGAGUGCGACGCUCGACUCGGCCAAGUUCUCCGACUUCUUCGACGAGGCGCCCAUCUUCAGGAUCCCCGGCCGCCGAUACCCCGUCCACAUCUACUACACCAAGAGCCCCGAGGCCAACUACAUCGAUGCUGCGGCCGUGACGGUUCUGCAGAUCCACAUCACGCAGCAUUUGGGCGACGUCCUGGUGUUCCUCACUGGCCAGGAGGAGAUCGAGGCCUGCCAGGAAAUCCUCACGGAGAGAGUCAAGGCCCUCGGGAACAAGAUCCGCGAGCUGGUCGUGCUGCCCAUCUACGCCAACCUGCCCUCGGACAUGCAGGCCAAGAUCUUCGAGCCGACGCCCCCGGGAGCCAGGAAGGUGAUCCUCGCCACCAACAUCGCCGAGACGUCGCUCACCAUCGACGGCAUCACGUACGUCAUCGACCCGGGCUAUGCCAAGCAGAACUACUUCAACGCGCGGAGCGGCAUGGAGUCCCUGGUGGUUGUGCCAGUGUCGCGGGCGUCUGCCAACCAGCGCGCGGGCCGGGCCGGCAGGGUGGGGCCGGGCAAGUGCUUCCGGCUGUACACGCAGUGGGCGUUCGAGAACGAGAUGGACGAGAACACGAUCCCCGAAAUCCAGCGCGUGAACCUGGGCAACGUGGUGCUGCAGCUCAAGUCGCUCGGCAUCCACGACCUCAUCAACUUCGACUACCUGGACCCGCCGCCGGCCGAGACGCUCAUCCUGGCGCUGGAGCAGCUGUACGCACUCAAAGCGCUAAACCACAAGGGCGAGCUCACGUCCACGGGCCGCAAGAUGGCCGAGAUCCCCGUCGACCCCAUGAUGUCGCGCAUGAUCCUGGCCGCGGACCAGUACAAGGUGGUGGAGGAGAUCCUGACCGUGGCGGCCAUGCUGUCCGUCAAUGGGGCCAUCUUCUACCGGCCCAAGGACAAGGCCAUCCACGCCGACACCGCCCGCAAGAACUUCUUCCACCCCGACGGCGACCACCUGACGCUGAUGAACGUUUACAACGAGUGGGAGGGCACGGAGUACUCGUCGCAGUGGUGCUACGAGGUCUUCAUCCAGCACCGCUCCAUGAAGCGCGCGCGAGACAUCCGCGACCAGCUGGUGGGGCUGAUGGAGCGCGUGGAGGUGCAGCUCACGUCCAACCCGGGCGACUCGGUGGCCAUCCGCAAGGCCAUCACGGCCGGCUACUUCUACCACGUGGCGCGCUUCAGCAAGGGCGGCAUGUACAAGACGGCCAAGAAGAGCCAGACGGUCAUGAUGCACCCGCAGUCGUGCCUGGUGGAGGACCUCCCGCGCUGGGUCGUGUACCACGAGCUCGUCAUGACCACCAAGGAGUACAUGCGCAACGUGGUCACCAUCGACGGCAAGUGGCUGCUGGAGGUGGCGCCGCACUACUACAAGGACACGGAGGUGCACGACGCCACCUCCAAGAAGAUGCCCAAGACCCUGGGCAAGGCCAGGGAGGAGCUGCAGAAGGACUACAAAUGAGGCUGCCACCUCGUGUAUUCUUACGUAAUGUUGGUCUGUUUUUUAAGAAAAUGUACAUACUUUAUUUAUGUAAGAAAGAAGAAGAGUUUGUCUAAUAAAACUACGAUUUAU